AUGCCUGUGUCAAACAGGAAUAUCCUAGCCGCCAACGUACUCACGUCCUCCUGGGUUGUAGUCUUCUUGGUGGUAGGAAUCAUUUUUGAGGAAUGGGUUGAGUUAGUUCCCAAAACAACAAACAAUGAGACAACAAAAAAUAAGACUAUCCACAAUCCAUGGAUGAUAUGCUGUACUGCUAUUUGGCCAGAAGAUGGCCUGCAAAUGAUCAGGAUUAUGAUGAUAUCAGUCUUGGUCGUUUCCUGCUCCAUUAACUUCAUCCUGGGAUUGUAUGUCACCUACAUUAUUCCUCAAAAUAAAUAUAUCUACCUCAUCAUUACCCUCUUCAAUUUCUUCACAGGUAUCCUGCUGCUCUCUACACUCCUACUCUAUAAUGGUAUGCUAAGGAAAGGUCGAUCCAUGUACUUCUCUAGUUUCAAGAUCACCUGGGUCCCUAUCACUGCCUAUUUCGCCAUCCUCCUCCUUAUAGCCUGUGGUAUCCUCUCUCUCUUGCAAUACAAGGUGUUUGCAAAUGUCUGUACCUGCCUGAAAAUCCAUAAAUCUGCCAAAGGAUGUGGGAGUUCCAUCCAAGUUAUUUCACUUCCGGAGCGCAAGGAAAUGCCUCGUAGCAUUGUUCGCAUGCACGCCCAUAGCUUAAACGAAGAAACUGUGAACAAACCACAGGUCCAAGCUCGCCGGGUAACCUGGGCUGUAUGA